CGGUGGGGGCGCGCCGGGCUGGGGCAGUAGCCGUUGGCGGCCGUUGUUCUCGGGGCUCGCGCUCGCUCGCCGCGAUGCCGCUGGAGUUCGAGCUGUGCCCGGGCCGGCGGGUCGGGGGGGCCCAGCCCUGCUUCAUCGUCGCCGAGAUCGGCCAGAACCACCAGGGGGACCUCGCCGUCGCCAAGCAGAUGAUCCGCAUGGUCAAGGAGUGUGGAGCAGACUGUGCCAAGUUCCAGAAGAGUGAACUGGAGCACAAAUUUAACAAGAAAGCCCUGGAGAGGCCCUAUACCUCCAAACACUCCUGGGGAAAGACUUAUGGAGAGCACAAGCGCCACCUGGAGUUCAGUCAUGACCAGUAUCGAGAGCUACAGAAGUAUGCAAAGGAGAUAGGCAUCUACUUCACAGCCUCUGGCAUGGAUGAGAUGGCGGUCGAGUUUCUGCAUGAACUGGAUGUUCCAUUUUUUAAAGUAGGAUCAGGGGACACUAACAAUUUUCCAUAUUUGGAAAAAACAGCAAAGAAAGGUCGUCCAAUGGUAAUUUCCAGUGGGAUGCAGUCAAUGGACACGAUGCACAAGGUUUAUCAGCUUGUGAAACCGAUCAAUCCCAACUUCUGCUUUCUCCAGUGCACCAGUGCUUACCCUCUUCAGCCUGAAGAUGUCAACCUCCGUGUGAUAACGGCUUAUCAGUCAGCCUUUCCAGAUAUCCCCAUUGGCUAUUCUGGACAUGAGACUGGCAUAGCCAUUUCAGUAGCAGCAGUUGCUAUGGGUGCUAAAGUAUUGGAACGCCAUGUGACUUUGGACAAAACAUGGAAAGGAAAUGAUCACCAGGCAUCCCUGGAGCCGAAUGAACUGGCAGAAUUAGUGAGAACAAUCCGUCUGGUGGAAAGAGCAAUGGGGUCUCCAGUCAAACAGCUCUUGCCCUGUGAAAUGGCCUGUAAUGAAAAGCUGGGGAAGUCUGUGGUGGCAAAAGUGACUAUACCUGAAGGUACGGUGCUGACUCUUGACAUGCUCACAGUGAAGGUAGGAGAACCUAAAGGAUACCUCCCAGAAGAAAUUUUUGAUCUGGUUGGCAAAAAGGUCAAAAUAAACAUUGAAGAAGAUGAAACAAUCACUGAGGAUGCAAUAGAAAAUCAUGUUAAAAAAGUGAAAUGCUAAAUGUAAGCAUUCACAUCUGUAUUAUUCAUAACAUGCUGUGCAGUACAAUACUGCAGCCAUACUCUUUGGAAUUAAUAGCAUGGUAGAUUAAAAAUGAAGGGAUUUAGGUAUGAGAAUCUGAACAGAAUUUCUAUUUCAUGUUGGCAAGAAUAUUUUCUGCGAACUCACAUGAAAUUAUGAACCCAGUUUUAUUAAAGUUGUGUAAUAUUGCGUUAAAAAAGGAUAUAAUCUUCAACAUCACCAAAGAGCCCGUUCAGAAGUGUCUUGUUUGCUGCUCAUUGACAGGAUAUCACAGUAAUGGUUAGCUGGGUGAGAAGAUGUGUGUGGGUUUAUUUCAGUGAACAGUAAGUACAGGUUCCUUUUGGGAUGAUCUAGAUCUAAGCUGUCAAUAUGCGCAUACCAAUCUCAGUUGCACUAUCCUAGCAGAAACUUCUCUCAUUAGACAAUUAUGCAGUAAAUAUUCCUGGUGGCCAUUUUUUUUCUUAUAAACACCUUUCAAUCAGAUCAUCUGAUGCUAGAGACUGGAUUACAUAAGAAUGGCCAGACUGAAGGUGAACCUAACAGGUAAUGAUGAUGUGAACUCUCUCCUGCCAUCCAUCUCCACCCUCUGACUGGCAGAGGCUAGGGACACCAUUCCUUACCCAUCCUGGCUAAUAGCCAUUCAUGGACUUAACCUCCAUGAAUGUAUCUAGUUCUCUUUUAAACCCUGGUAUCAUCCUACAUCCAGCAUCUCUGCUCCACGGUGACAACUCCUUUGUGUCUCCCUGCCACCUUUCUGCCCUUUGGUCUGUCGCCACCCCAUCAUCUCCUUUACAGUGAGAAUUGCAGCCUCCUGCUGCAGCAGCCCAUGCGUCUCGCCAACUUGUGCACUUACUAAUUGCUGCUGCUUUGUUCCUGCAUGAAGGAAGCAGGGUUAUAGGCUAGAAGAAAUGGCAGCUGUGGGCUGCAGGUCACACACUCUUCAAUGACUGUAAUAACUGAAGCAAUACCCUAUUAGAAUUCAUUUUAAUUAACUGAUAGCAGAAAUCAUUUUUAUCAGUGAUGGUGAUAGAACGUUCUGCCUUUAUGACUUUAGGUAUCUGGGACACCCUGACAACAUAAGCAGAGCUGUGGGCUGCUUAAUGUUUAUUUUAAACGUACUACUGCAGUGCCAGGAGACUGUAUGGCUAUUCAUUUAAGAUGGGAAGAGGUUGUUUCAUUCAGCUUCUUGCUUAAAUUGUAUGAACUGUGAUUGUGAGCUUCAGUUGAUGAAGGGUGCUUGCCUUAAUAGAAGAUGGCACUAAAUGAUUGUUGAAAGAAACAUUUUUAUUGAAAACAAAAAUAAAUCAAGUUUGUCAAAUAAAA